GGAGCAAAAGAAUUCUUACACCCAGUUCUUAUGUGAUUAAAUACAAAUCUAUAAAUAGUUCAACACCACCUCCGCCUGCAAUCUAUCAAAUCUGUUCAGACCGAUUAAUUCUCAGCCUGUGGCCCAGUUUGGCUUCAAUCUCUUACAGCUUGCCUCCGUCCUUUAACCCCCUCCCACAAACCUCCCCGGCGCUGCCUGGUGAAUAAUUGACGCGCUGUCCCUCCCCUCUCCCCUCUCAUCUUUCUGUGUCUCUUUCCAUCACUCUGUCUCUUUGUGGUGUGGAUCCUCCGGGCCGUGACAACCUCCCCCCCCCUCGCCUCCAUCUUGCCCAGUUUCCACCUGUCGCCCGGCUGCGUGUUGACAAGCAGGUGAAAACAGACUGACGAGAGCUUUGGCGCCAUGUUCCUGUUCCUGUUCCUCGUCCUGACCGUGACGGAGGCAUCCUCCAGGUCUCACAACAGCUGGUGUGAGCUGGGCUGCGACUGUCGAGGCGAUCUGAAGUUCACCAUCUGCUCCCGGGCGCACUUCGACCAGCUGCCCGCCAGAGUCCCCCCCAACACCGAGCUCCUGGACCUGUCCGAUAACCAAAUCUCCGGCAUCCCCGAACGCUCCUUCGCCAAAACCCGCAAGCUUCGAGUCCUGCUGCUGCAGAACAACAACAUCAGCGUGGUGGAAGACGCCGCCUUCUCCCACAUGGAGUUCCUUCAGAAACUGGACCUGAGCUGGAACCGCAUCUCUGUCCUGACGGAGGGUUUCUCCGCCGGCCUGGCUUUCCUGAAGGAGCUGCAGCUCUCCCACAACCGCCUGACGAGCCUGGACAGCCGCAGCUUCCUGCACCUAGACGCCCUCCAACGAUUAAACCUGACCGCCAACGGCAUCCACACCAUCCAGGUGCGGUCGUUCUCCACUAUGAGCAGGCUGCGGCAGCUCCACCUCCCGGACAACCGACUGACGUCGCUGCGGAGCGGGGCGUUCUCCAUGCUGCGCUCCCUGGAGGUCCUCAACCUGGCCGGGAACCGGAUCAGCAAGACGGAGACCGGCGUCUUCAAGCCGCUCACCAGCGUGACGGUGCUCAACCUAGCCUACAACCAGAUGUCCACCGUGGACUUCAAGACGUUCCUCGGCAUCCACGCGUACAGCGCCCACAUCCUGCUGGAGGGGAACCCGUGGAACUGCGAUUGCGACCUGCAGAGGGUUUUCCGGAAGCUGCGGAGCAUCCAGAGGCUCUUCCUGGACGACUACUACAACCUGACCUGCGUGGAACCUGCGGUCCUCAGGGACUACCGGCUGAUGGACGUGGACACAGGGCUGUGCCUCGCCGAGACGGUCACCGUGCUUGUCAUCACCUUCACUGUGGUGAUAACGGUGCUGGCCGCCAUGCUGAUGGGCGAGAGGAAGAGGAAGAAGCAGAAGAGAGGAAGCACUGGACGCAGCAGGGAGCGCUAUCGGACGAGUCGGACAAUUGAUUCUUCUUUCUUUUGUUUUCCUCUCAGAUAUAUGAACAAAACGCAGUGUUUUAUUUUAUUUAUUUUUUUACAUGCUUUAUUUGCUGGCACAGUUAGACAAGAUUAGAUUUCCAGGCAGCUGUUGUCCAGCGGUGGAAUGUAACUAAGUACAUUUACUCAAGUACUGUACUUAAGUCCAAAUGUUGAGGUACUUGUACUUUUCUUG